CCUCAUCCCACCACCUCUUAUUCACGCCGUUCACGCUUCAAUGGCUGCCCGCACGCUCCGAAUAGGCUUAAUCGCUGGCGACGGCAUCGGCCGCGAAGUCAUCCCCGCGGGCCGCCGCAUUCUCCAGGCCCUCCCUCAAUCCGCCGGCCUCAAAUUCACAUUCGUAGACCUAGACGCCGGAUUCGAGACCUUCAAGAAGACGGGCGCGGCAUUGCCCGAGAAGACAGUCGAGACGCUCAAGAAAGAGUGUGAUGGCGCGCUCUUCGGAGCCGUAAGCUCCCCCACCGUCAAAACAGAAGGCUACUCCUCCCCCAUUGUCGCCCUGCGCAAGCGCCUCUCCCUCUACGCCAACGUGCGCCCCGUCAAAUCCACCCGCGGCGCCGGGCGCCCCGUCGACCUGGUCAUCGUGCGCGAAAACACCGAGGACCUCUACGUCAAAGAAGAGAAGACCUACUCCACCCCCGAUGGCCUCGUUGCUGAAGCCAUCAAGCGCAUCUCUGAGAAAGCGAGCUACCACAUUGCAACUAUGGCGGGCGAUAUCGCGCUGCGCCGGCAGCGCAUCCGUGAGGCCGGCGGCGAGAGCAUUCAUUCGAAGCCGCUUGUCACAAUCACGCACAAGAGUAAUGUGCUAUCUCAGACGGACGGCUUGUUCCGGGAGACGGCGCGGAAGGCGCUGGGGAUCGAUAGGUUCCAGAUGGUGGGGGUGGAGGAGCAGAUUGUGGAUAGUAUGGUGUAUAAGCUGUUCCGGCAGCCGGAAGACUACGAUGUCAUUGUUGCGCCGAAUCUUUACGGGGAUAUCUUGAGUGAUGGCGCGGCUGCGUUAGUAGGGAGCUUGGGCUUGGUGCCGAGCGCGAAUGUAGGGCAUGGGUUCGUUAUUGGCGAGCCGUGUCAUGGUUCGGCGCCAGAUAUUGAGGGCAAGGGGAUUGCAAACCCGAUUGCGACCAUCAGGAGUACGGCGUUGAUGUUGGAGUUCCACAAUGAGGCGGAGGCGGCAGCAUCGAUUUACAAAGCUGUGGAUGCGAAUCUUGAGGAGGGGAACCUGUUAACGCCUGACAUGGGCGGAACAGCGACGACGGAGCAGGUGAUUGAGGAUAUCAUCAAGCGCUUGUAGAUGAAUGUCUGGAGUAGAUACCCGUUUGCUCGUUGGACAUUCACUGUGUAGGAAGUGAGGAGUCUACAGAGCUCGAAAAGUUACACUGCAAUAACUCGUCACAGAUCCGUGCAAACUUGUCUGCCGCUGCUUGAAGCUCUUCGAUGCAUUUUUGAAGUUCCGAACUCUCUUCAUUGGAACCCUCAUUAAGCUUGCCGGGCCACCUCAGGCAGUGCCCGAUGGAAGUACACACUUAGCUGUGUUGCUCGUUGCUUCAGGUUUCUCUAAACAUGUUGGAGCUGGUAAACUAACAGUUGAAACACGUGCCCGACGGAACCCCUAUUGAUUACAUGCGAAACCAGCAUGUAGAAAUAGCAAGG